UCUCGAGCGAGUUCCCCGGCGACGUUGCUCUCUUAAUCACGAACCGGUGACUACCAGCGAGCCGGAGGAGACCGGUGCGAGCACCUUUCCCGGCGUCCCACGCAUUUCUCGAUGCGGGGCAGGCGACCAACGCAAUCGAGAAGCCGAUAUAGUAUAAUCCAAGCUAUGCUCGUGACCCGACCGCUGGCAAGACGGCUGACGGCGCGACGUCGCGUGGAAACGACAGCGAGACGAGAGAAUCGGUCCUGAAGACGGUCGCGACGCGGCGUUGACAGUGCGUUUGAUCGGAGCGAGCCAAUGAUCGAGCGCUACCAGCCUCGACCAAUCGGUCGUCGCACGCCACCACCGAUCCCACGAGAAUGUCGAGGACAUCGGGGACCAAGGUCGCUGGCACAUUGCCUCCUGCAGACGUCCUGAACACCUGGACAACGCCUAGCUUUUACUGGACUCUUUUCCGCCGUGGACCGGUUUCAUUCUACGACGUUUGGAAAUCGCUUAUCGGUCGCAGUCUACGCUCGACCAGCACUUUGGAAUCAAUUGUGUCCCCAUUGCGGAUUAGUUUGGACCAACAUUAACCUGUGACGUUUCCGGAACCUAGGGGUUUAGAUAAUCGAAGUAAAUCGUUGCCGAAAUCGUUGCUGUUAUCGGAGUAACCACAGCACAUUGCGGAGAUGAAAACGAACGCUCCGUAUCCAACAUCACCUCCAGCGUACUCGGAGACAAUGAUGACUUCGCCACAGCCUCCGCCUCCGCCUGUGCCUCCACCGAUGCCACCAUAUCAGUAUCCGCCGCAGCAUCAGCCUGAACCAUUAUCGCACAUCUAUAAUCCUUCGUAUCCCCCGUCACCAUGGAUUCCUCAACAACCGAUUAUAAAUCCGGAAACCAGUUUUAUAGAAACACCGACGGCACAUAAUCCCAGUUAUCAAUACAACCCCACAGUAGUACACGUGGUAGCCGAUGUAGACCAUUCUGAGAGAUUGAGAAAGCAUCAAGGAUGUUGCGUCUCGUGCAUCUCUCUCCUCAUUUUUCUAAUUAUAGCAGCCGUUAUGAUUACGUUUGUGGUGAAAAUUCACGAAGCGACAUCACGAUCGUUCCAUGAACGUUCCUAGGACUAGUUUUUUUUAUAAUUGUAUGUUGAGUAUGCAAGAAAGACAAAAAAUAUGUCCGCAACAAUGUAAAUUAUUGAUUACGUGUAAAUAUGAAGAAAUAUAACAAACUUUUGUAAUGAAACAGGAA